AAUACCUUAAAAAACAGUAAAAAUUUCGCCAUUAAAAAUAUUUGACAAUAAUAAACACUUAAAUUGGCAUCGAGCUCUUUUCUACAGGAAGUUUGUUUUGGCACAAGGAAUCGAAAGAUGUGGAGUUUGCUUCGGCACGAGGAAUCGAAAGAUAUGAAGUUUAUCUCGGCAUGAGGAAUCGAAAGAUAAUGAUUAAAGUUUGUACUUGCCAAGCCCAAGAUUAGCUAAGAUUUGUUUGAAGUCACUCUUCAAGAAAGUAUUACCUGUUUGUCGAUGUGGUCCUGGUUCGAAUAUUUCAAUAUAGUCAAUGUAAAGGUAGCGGUAAAGUUUCACAUUUCGGAUGGACGAAGAUCCGUUAAAACGCGCGUCUUCGACAGCGUGUUGUACGACAGGGCUGUCAGCGAGAGAGACAGUACCCGAAGAAGAGGAAAGACAGAUUAUUGUCGAGUCCAUGGACGAGACCAGCGAGCCCAGCUGCCCCGAGAAAAAAUCACCGUCGAGGUACGCGACGUUUAUAGUGAAGCACCCUUAUCUUCUGCUUGCACUCAUCUUCAUCUUGGUGAUAAUAUGCGGAUGCUUCAGUCUCAUUCCACAGCUUGGAGCUCAGCCAUUACCAGACUUCAAAGAGCCUGUCAAGGGUUUUGAAGCUCGUGGGACUGUGAUUAGUGAUCGCUGGCGAAGUCAAAUGAAUCUUUUUUAUGAUGAACAUGAGGGUAAAGUUACGAGGGUUCCAGGUGCUUGCGGGAUUAAAAACCCCGUGAGUGAACAACAAAUCGGAGACGCACCUGCAGUUUGCACCAAGGAACAGACCUUCAAUCAGGGUAAACUGACGGUGAAACUUGUUUUCGCUGCUGAGAAUGGAGGAAAUUUACUUACGGCGGAAAAUUUAAAAUCAAUCUGUCGUUUGGAACACAAGAUUGUUCGUAAGUACUAUGCUUUUGAUGACCACUGUCACAAAGCGAACGGGACGCAGCACUGUUGUCCCAGUUGGUCGGUGGGAUAUUACAUCGCACUUCUAAAUAACAUCGCCUCGUGUGAAAACAUCGACAAGGCUAUGGUUGAGAAAGCCAAUCGUUUAUUGAAGACAUGCUCCAAACAUUACCACGAAGGAACGUUGAAACCCGACUGCUGGGGUCCCAAAGUAUCUGGAAGGUGCAAUCAAGUUCCACCGUUGUGUACAAAAUUUAAUGCAGUUUACAGUAUACUUCAUUACCUAACGGAUAAAGAUUUCUUGCCUGCCGGAUCGAAUUCGAGUUUUCUUCGAUAUAGUCUGGUACUCGUCCCUGUUAAGGAAAACGAAAACUUCCAAGUCGACAUCUAUAAAUCCCGUCUAAAAGGUAGUGAUCUCCGCGAUGGUGAUAUUGCACUCUCCGGCUAUGAACUGAGCAGACUGAAGUAUGAAAUCUUCAACGAACGCAUGCUGGCAGAUCUUUAUCUCGCUGCCAUUGCAAUGUUUGUUAUUAUGAUAAUUCUCUGGUUGUACACGCGGUCGUUGCUCAUCACGUCAUUGGUCGGACUCAUUGUAGUGUCCAGUUUGGUGAUCGCUUAUUUCAUCUACACCGUUGUGCUUCGCAUGAAGUUUUUCCCGUUUUUGAAUAUUCUUACCUCCGUGUUUUUGGUCGGAAUCGCUGCGGACGAUGCCUUCGUGUAUAUCGAUAUUUGGAACCAGUCCACGCGCGAACAAAGAGCGAAACGCGGCCGGCAGCCCUUGGACGACAAGGAACGCGUUGAAGAGUUGAUAUGUGUUACAAAGGAAACUAUGAAUCACGCAGGUUUAUCAAUGUUUGUUACCAGUUUUACGACGUCGUCAGCAUUUUUUGCAAGUCUCACGUCGGACAUUACAUCCAUUCGAUUGUUCGGCCUUUAUUCUGGCCUCUCAAUCCUUUGUAUGUUCUUUCUAAUGGUGACUUGGUUUCCAGCUGCGGUUAUCAUCGAACAGACUGCAUUUUCAUGCUUCAACUGCUGCUCCGCGCUCCGUCGAAAACUCUACGAAAUCGCAUGCUGCGGGGGAACGUGCUCAAUCAAAGCUGCACUCGACAAAAUAAUCGCGUGGCAUAGAAAAGUUUUUAACGAUUUACUCCCGCGUUUUGUUAUAAAGUUAAGGUAUUUUUGGAUUGUAUUUUUGUUAAUCCUCGCUGUUGGCGGCAUAAUUGUCUCAACUGCUGAGCCUGGACUACAGUUACCAUCGUCGCAGGACUUUCAAAUGUUUCACGAGUCCCACGAGCUCGAGAAAUACCCAUUAAAAUUGAAGAAGUAUUUUCACUUUGAAACGACGAAAAGGUCCAGCUUCCCGAUCAACUUUAUCUGGGGCAUCAAGGCAGCAGAUUCCGGCAACCAAUUUGACCCUUACGACAUGGGUGAACUUAACUGGGACAGCGAGUUUGACAUAGCCAGCAAAGAAGGUCAAAAAUGGAUGAAACUAUUUCUACCUCGCUUAAAAGAGCAACCUUUUUUUGCUAAAGAACAAAAAUUGGGCAAGAGAUGCUUCAUCGAAGAUUUCUUUAAUUACAUGGACAGGGAUUGCACGAAGAAUAAUACGAUAUGCUGCAAAGCCUCCAAGUUUCCAUACGCUCCGUCCACGUUCUCUGAAUGCAUGCUUCGUAUGCAAUGCGAAAGAAUAAAAGAGAUCCAGUUCAGUAGCCAUAGUAUAACUGAUGGAGCACCGCUCUUUGACACCGAAGGACAACUGAGAGCCAUCUCUCUGAAGUUCGACAGCAACGUAGCGUUCACGUGGUCCUACGAUCCUGCGGACAGUUUCUGGAAAGAAGCUGAACGUUGGUCUCUUAAGGAGUUUAACAAAGCACCGUCAUCAACCAACGGUUGGUUUAUAAGCGAAUUACAAUUCUACGACUUGCAGAAGAGUUUGUCGGAAGGGACCUUUUUGUCGAUAGGCAUCUCUCUAGCGAUCGCUUUCGGAGUGAUGCUGUUGACUACUCGAAAUGUGUAUAUCAGUGUGUUUGCUAUUCUCACUAUUACCUGUGCCCUGGGGGUGACCGUUGGAACCUUAGUACUCAUGGGAUGGAAGUUGAAUAUCUUAGAGUCCAUCACGUUGUCUGUAUCGGUGGGUUUGUCAGUGGACUUUGCAUUGCAUUAUGGAGUUGCCUACGUGCUGGCUGUUGAUAAAGAUCAAAGAAGGUCCAGGGUGUUCUUUUCCAUGACUGGAAUGAGUUCAGCAAUCACUAUGGCGGCUUUUACAACCUUUGUUACAGGUGCCAUCGCCUCACAGUCAAAUGUAUUGUCUUACAUUCAGUUGGGCCAGUUCCUCAUGAUCAUCAUGUCCGUGAGUUGGGUUUAUGCAACAUUCUUUUUCCAAGCGCUGUGCAGCGUGUGGGGACCUGAAAACGACUCCGGUCAACUGACUAUGGCCAAGGUGAAGAAUGGGUACCAGAAACUCAAAGCUUGCUUUUGCUGUGAAAAAGACGAUUCAGAUCACUACCAGAUCGUCAGAAAGGAAGACGGGACAGAAGUAAAAAAAUCUGUGCGAGUCUUGUAUAUAAAGACAGAACAUUGAAUGUAUCAUAAUCGACAAACUGUAUUGGAAAUAUUCGUUAGAUAAAGAUUGAUAUUUAUAUAAUUUUAUUUCAAACCUUUUUAAGGAUGUACAUAUAUUUAUUACUCAAUGCUGACGAAUGUUGACUUCUGUAAAUAUUAAAUAAGUUGAAAAUAUGUUUAAGGCAAUUAGCCCAUAAUAAGAUAUAUAAUAUAUAAAUAUAUUGAGGCUCUUUGAAUCUUGUAAAAAAGUAGUAAAAAUACGAACCGAAAUGUAAACAAUGAAAUACUAUGUUCCAAAUA